AUGGCCAGUGUUGUGCGAAAGAAAGGCGGUGACGUUUUUGGUGAACCUUUCUGGUUACCUGUUCAAGCGGACUGUACAGUUGGUUGCGAAGUCAGUUAUAUUUUUAGCUCUUCAGUUCCAAUCGACUGUGUUGUGUAUUUACGCAAAGCACUGAGUUUAUCACCGCAACGCAACAACAAAAAGCAUUCUUUGAAGAAAAUACCAACAAAGGACAUUUUGCAAAUGAAAGCAAAAGCAAUUUUAAAAUCCUCUGGAAUAACAGAGAGCCGCAAUAGAUUCUCAUCAAAAUCGUCGGCUUCUGCAGUUGGAAAGCUCACAAUGAGCACGAAAAGAGACUCGUUGUUCAGCAACGAUCGCCGUUUUCGUAUGAGAACCGAAGCAGGUCGAUUGAUCACAAUAAAUAGCGAUGGUACAGCUAACGAAGGCGGUCUCACUGAUAUAUAUCUCAACCAACAAUCCUCUCUUGCCGACAGUGAUCAGUAUAUGCUUGAUAUUAAUCAACACCAUUCACCAACAGCAUAUCAAACAUACGAAUUUCCCCAAUUUCAGUCUGCAACUCAGUCGACCGAGAAGACAAAUGGACCACGUAUUCUUGGUGGUCCUUUGGAAGGUCAACCAUUUCUAAUACCAAACUUCUCGAUUGUUUUGCCAAACACAAGAGUAACAUCCGAUUUAUUUGAGUAUCAACUGAGUCAAACUUCACCACAAACGAUUGCUGAUGGGGAUGACAUGAAUAUUUCUGGUCUUGCACAAUUAAGUGAUACAACAGAAGGUGACGAUAAAAAUUCUAUUUUGUAUGAUCUACAUCGUGGAUUGGAUUCAGACGGCUCUUCGAUGGUAUCCUAUUCAGCAGAGAAUGAUGAGACUCCUUUAGAAAUCACUGACCAAAACUGGAGGAAUACACCGCUUGAUAUCAGUCAAUUGGUCGUCGACAGAGGUUCAUUACCAGUGCAGUAUCGUACAAGAAAUACACCUGAACAACUUCAGGCGACUUCCUACACUCAUCUAGUUGCAGCAGUAGCACAUGGUUCGCCACCAAAUAACCUUAGACUACGGCAAAAUGAUACUGACAGUGGUGACAUUCGAAGUAAUAUCGAUAAAACAAAAAUGCAUCGUAAGCCAUAUCAGAAAAAUCCACUUAUGCAGUUGACUUCUUCAAAUUUACCUGCCGAAUCGAAUGUUGAAAACAAGAUACCAGAAGUUAAUCGCAUUGUUGAACAAGCCAGGAUCGCUAAUGGUAGAAAUGUUGUGAACGCGCAAAUUCUUCAGCCAACUUUCCCAACUUCAACGAACAAUAGAGGUGACAGCGCAUUUGAAUUGAAGCGAAUAGUGCAUCACAUGAGCACAAAUAUUCAACAUCAACAUCACACCAACGAAGGUUAG